UACCAUUUAAGGACACCCUUCAUCUAAUAGAGUCCCAAUACUCACGCAAACUAGCUAGUGAUAACAAGAGUCAAGCAUAGCUAGCUAGCUACUGUGCAUGCAGUUAUGGCCGCCCUGGUCCAGCCUCUUCUUUGGCUGGCUGGACUAUGUCUAUACAGCACUGCAGCUAUAAAUACAACCAGUACAAUAGCUCCUACUAGCAUGGCCUCUAUUAGCAUGGCCUCUACUAACAUGGCCUCUGCUAGCAUGGCCUCUGCUAGCAUGGGCCCUGCUAGCAUGGCUCUGAAUACCACUGUGUUCUCAACUUUUGCAGCUUCUGCAACCAGCAGUGCAGGACCAAGUACUACACCAACAGAACCGACCACUACAUCAGAUGAGGGCAGUGGUGGUAGUGGUGAUGAUAUAAUGAGUAGCAUGAUUGAAGUAACUUCUCUCACAAGCACCACUCUGUUGAGCUCCAUCACUCCCACUCCAAUGGCCUCGUUCACUGUAUCCCUGCCCUUUAAUAACUCUGCAAGGACAAGCGGUCCAGCCACCACCACCAUGACACCAUCACCCCCCUCAAGCACCCUCCCAACUGAUACCCCUGCUACUACUACUGACCCUCCAUCCCUUGCAAUAUGGGCUGCAGUGGGUGUAGCGGGUGCAGUACUGAUAGUUCUCAUGGUGAUCGCUACCGUUCUCUGUCUGUGUGUCGUGCACAAGUGUUGCAGCCGUGAUGGGGUCAAGAGGUCAACAAAACGCAAAAUAUCAUCCUCGUCCAAGAAGCUGAUCGAGUGCGCAUUGGAGGAGAUAAACAGUGACAAGAAGAGUGGAGAUGAGGAACAAGUGUUUGAGCAUUUGACAGCAGCGGAGUUGAUCUCAUUCCCUCCCUCUAACCUCCCUGCUUAUGUCAGCAAGCUGCACGAUGAUGACAGCUAUCCAGCAGACGAUGAGUAUGACUCUGUGAAGGAGUUGGAUCAGCCUGUAGUGAGCACCCAGGCCCAACUCUCCUGCAAUGCCACCAGGAACAGAUACACCAACAUACUGCCCAGGGACAGCAGUCGUGUGGUCUUGAGAACCAUCCCCAAAGUGGCAGGAUCUGACUACAUCAAUGCUGACUUCAUCGAUGGGUUUAACUGCCGCCGUGAGUACAUAGCAUCGCAGGGUCCCCUUCCCGGGACUUGUGCGGACUUCUGGAGGAUGGUGUGGGAGUACAACGUCUCCAUCAUUGUCAUGGUGACCAACACAGAGGAGAACGGGACAGUCAAAUGUCACCAAUACUGGCCGUCGCGAGGGACGUCUCAGUACGGGAACACCGCGGUGACACUCGAGUCUCAGAUACUCUACCCUGAGUUUGUGACGAGGGAGCUCAUUCUUACGUCAGGGAAGAGUAAGAAGAGCUCCCAAGUUGGUACAACCAAGUCAGUGAUACAGUAUCACUUCACCUCAUGGCCUGACUUUGGAGUGCCCAAGGAAGCCAGUGCUAUGAUCAAGUUUGUGCGUCGUGUUCGCUCGGCUGUGGACUCGUCACACGGACCUGUACUCACACACUGCAGUGCAGGGGUGGGCCGCACAGGGACGUACAUUGCCGUGGAUAUACUGACUCAGCAAAUAGAUGCAGGGGGCGUGGUCAAUGUACAGGAAGUGGUGUGUCGUAUGAGAGCUCAGAGAGGUCAUAUGGUUCAAACUUCAGCUCAGUAUUUGUUUAUCUAUGAUUCGUUGCUCCACUAUCACUUGUUUGGUGGUAUGGAUGUGGGGGCGGGGUCACUGGUGGAGUACGUGGGCGCACUGGACACACCAACUCCGGAUGGCAGUACUCCACUCGACAAAGAAUUUACUCAUGUACUGGAUGUGAAGUUGUCUCCAGACUAUCUGUUUUCAGUUGCACUAGAUGAGGCGAACACGGAUAAGAAUAGAGACUCUGCUAACAUACCCUUUGACAACAAUCGAGUGGCUCUUCAAGACCCCAGCUCUGAUAGUGAUUACAUCAAUGCCAGCUUCAUCACUGGCUACUACAACAGGAUAGAGUUUAUAGCCACACAAGCCCCCCUGCAUAGCACUGUGGGGGACAGUACUGCGGGAGACACACAAGCCCCCCUGUAUAGCAAUGUGGAAGACAUACAAGACACAAAAUCCCCCCUGCAGAGCCCUGUGGGGGACACACAAGCCCCCCUGCAAAGUCCUGUAGGGGACAGCACUGCGGGAGACACACAAGCCCCCCUGUAUAGCAAUGUGGAAGACAUACAAGACACAAAAUCCCCCCUGCAGAGCCCUGUGGGGGACACACAAGCCCCCCUGCAAAGCCCUGUAGGGGACAGUACUGCAGGGGACACACAAGCCCCCCUGUAUAGCAAUAUGGGGGACACACAAGCCCCCCUGUAUAGCAAUAUGGAGGACACACAGGCCCCCCUGCAUAGCACUGUGGGGGACUUCUGGAGGAUGGUGUGGGAGAGAGAGGUGCGGACCAUUGUCACACUGGGGCCUAUCAAGAAGGACGAGGAUCGCUAUUGGCCAAGUGUGAGCAGUGCACCUGUAAAGUGUGAGGGGUGUUUAACUGUGACCCUCGUGGAGACUGAGUGGGUGGAGGGGGCAGGACUUCUCGUCAGGGAAUUGACAAUACGGAACAGUGAGGACUCAGAUGAGCAACGUGGAGUGACUCAGUUCCACCUCCAGUCAUGGCCAUUGGUCGAUGUUCCUAGUGACAUCACUGGCAUCAUCACACUGAUAGAGCGCUCCAGAGAUCACUGGAGGGACACUGGCUAUAACCUCAUAGCAGUCCACACCUCACCAGGAGUUAGUGGUGAGGCCGGAGGGGUGUACUGUGGUCUGUGUGUGCUCCUCAGGCAGCUGGAGGUGGAGGAGGCAGUCAACGUGUUCACUACUGUGAGGAGGCUACGCAAGCAAAGGCCUGGCAUCUUAACAUCAAAGGUAUAUUAUCGGUUCAUGUACACGGCAUUAGAAUCAAGUCAAAAGGAACAAUAACACGUAUACACUUAUAUCAGUCAGUUUGUUUUAUUUUUGUAGCUAGCUCUAUAGCCAUAUUUUGAAACCAUUUCCGUGUGUGUAAUAUUAAACUUGUCCAAUGAGAUUCAUUACAUA